UCAAUAUCGGGAUUGCGUUAAUAUCAAAGACCAUGUUCUCGGAGUAUGCCUCUCGGUUUCUUGCCCAGUCUCAGUCACGAAUAUUGUAUCGCCAUGAUGAAACCCGUCAGAAUAAUGGACGUGGUCGUCUGAUGAGGCAACAGGGAAACUCUCGACUUCCUUCGCGCGUCUUCUUGCAACAAACAGCAGACCCCUAUCAACCAGCUGCAUCACAGACAUAUAAUUUCCCCUUUGCCUCGCGAGCUUCUGUCCAGCCUGCCCCUCUAUUUUACAGCGCCACAGAUGAGUUUCAUGAAGAUGAUGAAGCAGAGCAUGAGCGCGAGAUUGCGGACUUUUAUGCCUUGCAAAGGUCGAGGCGGCAUUUUGGCAGCAGCCAUUUAAAGGAUUCUUCAGAGAUCGACGAAGACGAAGAUGACGAAAACUCCGUUGGUACAGAUGACCAACAAGUUCCUCCAGAUGAUAGGUUCAGCAAGGGAAAAGGCAUCAGAAGCUCCUGGUAUGGCGGAAAAGGUAGCCGUGGACUGCGUAAUAUUCAUGUUGAGCCAGUGCCGGAGACACUUAAACAUGAGCAUGAAUCCCGUACCAGCCAAAGCUGUAGCAGGGUACAAGAAAAUUUGGUUGAUAUCGGUCUCGAUGAUACCUUGAGGACAGAUGUUGAAGAUACCAGGAAGGCUGGUUCUUCUGGAAUAAAAGACGAGAGACCACCUUCUGUCCAGCUUUUUCGAGAACAGCCGCAAACUCGAAAGGGUCAAAUCGGAAUAGAUUCUUUUUUAGCACCUGUUGAAUCCGUCGAACAGGCAGGCAAAACCCGGCCACCGAGCUCAGCAGGUUCAUACCCAAGAUCGGUCGAACCAAUUUUAAUGGAAUCGCCCGCUCAUGAUGCUUUCUGGGGCCAGUUAUUCUUGAUAUCUUUAGCCUGCCUGCUCGCUACAGCAAUCCUUGUUUAUUUGCACACAUCUGCUCCUUCGGGCGACAAAUCAAAAUGGGGUGAUACGAUAUACAUGACUGUGCACAAGUCAUUUUACCUCCUCAGUGCCUACACUCUUCUCUCGGCUUUCGUUUCACUGCUCUGGCUUGCGCUCUUGCGGUCUUACGUGCGCUCCUUGGUUUACGUCAUGGUCUUCACAGUUCCCGUACUCUUAUAUUCGUUCUCCCUGUAUCCAUUCAUUUCCAGUUUCAAAGGUGCGUGGCACGGGGCAAGCAUACAGGACAAAAUUAUGCGGUGUGGAUCUGCUGUCCCAUUUAUUAUGGCUAGCCUGUGGAUAUACAAUGUCAUCCGUGGUCGCCAUGCUAUUGGAAAGGCAGUUAGUAUUCUCGAAUUUGCAUGUCGGAUUCUUGCUGCAAACCCUGAAUUGCUUGUUCUCGCGCUCGCGAUCCUCAUAUGCAUUGUCUCAUGGACCUGGGCAUGGAUGCUCAUGUUCACUCGAGUAUUUUUAGCAGGCCGUCUUUCUGGGUCAAGCUCCUUCGUCAUUGAUUUCAGCACCUGGUGGUUGGGUGUAUACUUCAUCAUGGUUUAUCUAUGGUCACUGGGAGUUAUCACUGGAAUUCAGCGUGCGGUUACAGCUGCAACGGUCAGUCAAUGGUAUUUUCAUCGCCUUGCAACUCCCGCCCCUACAUCCAGGCAGGUAGUACAGGCCGCCGCUGUGCAUUCCCUCACAACAUUGUUUGGCACGAUUUGCUUGUCCAGAUUUCUAGCACUCCUGGCCCGGCUCCCUCUUCUUUUGCUUCCAAGCCGUAUCACCUCUAUACUAGGAUUGUUUGCAUAUUCAUGUGUUCCUACUCCAGUCACUACCCUGACAAACCCUCUUACUCUCACCUAUGCUGCAAUUCACUCCCAACCACUUGCUUUUUCAGCUCGAGGUCUUACUCAAAUGGUCAGGCUAUCACCUUGGACGGCUACAUCCUUGCUACACCCACGCUCUUUUCCCCAGUCCCAUCAAAGUUCUGCUCCCCUUGCUUCAUAUCGGUUGUCAAAGCUUAUUUUACACGCUGUUCGUUUCAUGAUGUCCUUGGCGCUUGGCUUUGGUGGCUGGGUUACCACAGCUCGAAAUCUGGUUACCCCUGGUGCCGGAGGUCCAAUUCGGGGAAGUGUGUAUGCCUAUGUGGUUGGGUUGAUGGCCGGAGCAAUUGGCUGGAGCGUACUUGGGGCAAUGGAAGGCGUAGUUGCGGAUAUUGUGGAUGCCUCCGUCGUCUGUUGGAGCAGUGAGGUUGGUACCUAUGGCAAAGAAGCAAAGUACUGUCGGGAAGCUGGAUGGCUCUUUAGUGACGAUUCAGGUGGCGAGUUCAGAUACACAGGCUCCCGAGACGACCAAGAUGAAGUUUAGCCUUUUUUUCGUCUGCGUGGAAAUCAAACUAAACUUCCGCGCCAUCCAUGUUCAUCCCCGACAGAGCAACAUAAUCUAGAUAGUGUCCCUUUGCAGGAUUUCCCCCCCUUGUUUUUGAUGGCUCGGGACCAUUUGCUCUGAAGUUGGGCUAUUGGAAGCUCUUUGCGAAAAGCAAAAUGUCUGCCUCAUGUGGUGUUUCGUCUCCAUAGCCGAUUUACGAUAGUGAGACCAAGUGGUUUGGACUAUUAUUCCAUAUCUUAACCCCAGCACCGUGAUCCCUUUCUCUCUGCUUUCUUUGGUUUUGCC